AUGUUAGAUAUAUUUCGUGGAUUGAAAAACCUUGUAAAGGUCAGUCACGUUAAAACCGAUUCGCCAGUAUUCCGUCUACACUACUCAAUUACUGUGAUGAUUUUGAUGUCCUUCUCUUUGAUUAUAACAACAAGACAAUAUGUUGGCAACCCUAUCGAUUGUGUUCAUACCAAAGAUAUUCCAGAAGACGUACUCAAUACAUAUUGUUGGAUUCAUUCGACUUAUACGUUACGUGAUCAUUUCGGUAAGAAGCAGGGCAUAUCUGUACCCUAUCCGGGUAUAGCCAAUUCGGAUGGUGAUGAUCACAACAAAAAGCACUACAAAUACUACCAGUGGGUGUGUUUCUGCCUAUUUUUUCAGGCGAUUUUAUUUUAUACUCCAAGAUGGCUGUGGAAAUCUUGGGAAGGUGGCAAAAUUCAUGCACUUAUCAUGGACUUAGAUAUAGGAAUUUGUUCCGAAGCCGAGAAAAAACAAAAAAAGAAAUUACUAUUAGAUUACUUAUGGGAAAAUCUAAG